ACGUAAUAGGGAAACUUUGUUUAUAUAGCAAAUUGGGCUUAUGGGCUAUUUCUGUUAUAGUUGGCAAAUGCGGUGAUUACUUUUGGUCUAUACGAACUUUCUAGUUCGCACAUGCAUUGUUGCUGUUAAACCAUUACCUGUUUACGUCAAAGCAUCGUGUAAGUUAGCUUUAGCAUUUACAAAAGCGUAUUUUAAACAGAGAAAUGAAGGGUAAUAGUAAACACGUAUUUGAGCCGACGCAUGUUUUUGCCAAUUUAUCUCCGCGGAUUUUUUCGCCGGAAAAUGAAAAUAAAAACGAAAAUCAGCACAGAAGAGUGGAGGUUUCCGGCACUGCUGAGUUCACCAUUCCACCAGAUCUGUGUAUUUUAACUGUGGUGAUAGAAAAUAAGAAGGAAAAAGCUGAAGAAGCGAAAGCAAGUGUUGCCAGAAGAUCGGAAUAUAUCACACAGACCUUAAUAAGCCAUGGGGUGCAGAACCACGACAUAGAAGUAACAGAAAACUUGUCGCGCAUCGGUGGUCGUGGAUUUUUUCACAUGGAGGCGCAAGUAGAUGCAACAUUUCACAAUGAUCUUCAAAAAUGUCUUCGACUAAGCAAUUUGUUUGUUGAAAAGUUAGACAGAAGUGUUAAAGUGUUGUCACCUGUACUUAAACACGACACGCAGAGGCUUGAAGCCACCAGAAAACAGACCUGUCUUACAGCUCUGGCAAACGCGAGGCAAAAAGCUGUUGAAGUAUGUCGGCUUAUGGGCCAAACCCUAGGAAGGCCUGUAUUUAUAACUGAAAAUGUGGUCCGGGAAUGGCGGGGGUGUGGCUCUCCUGAACAAAGUGACCCCCCUGGCGGUGUAGAAGGCCCUUUACCUACGGUAGAAGAUGUAAUUUCAGGUCCUAUAAAUGUCCAACGGCGCAUGAAGGAACAGAGUGUUACAGUGCGAGUUGAUGUAACUGCUACAUUUGACAUCCGUUGCAAACUUGAGAAAGAGAAGAAAUAAUUUUUCUAUAAUUUCUUGGCAGAUUUCCUGAAAAAAUGGUUUUCAUCUCUAAUGGGUAAAUAUUCUGAAAAAAGGGGACUUUUUUGCUAAAUACUUUUUAUGAUUGUAUUCAUGGAAAAUCUUCAAAAUUCUUUUCUCUUAUGUUCUUCAGGUCUUUGAUGGUCAUUGCAUGCAAGAUAACUUUCUGUUUAAUGUGGUAAAUGCAAUAAAUAGGCCAUGGCACACAAUACAAUUUUUCUCCGGACAAUACCCCAUCCUAUUGUUUAAUACAGGGUUGCUUUUCGUUUUCAGAUUCUCACACUUAAAAGUUUAGAAAAAUGGCUUUUUAGAUAUAUAUCUUGUUUUGCAUUUUGUUGAUGCAAAAAAAAAUUCGGGCCGUACGAGCUUUAUUUAGAUGUUUUAACUUGCUUUCAUAUAGUUGAUAACCGUGUCAAAAUACGCUUUGGAAAUAUUGGUUUAUUGGUACACUUUAUUACCGCACUGUGUUUAAUUUGUGUUAUCACUUUUUAGUUGCGCUUAUGUACUAAAUAUAGUGUUUCUCUUUAAUAUUGGUACUCUUUAAAAUGACUUACUGUUAGUGAAACGUCGUUGUAUGGUUUUAGAAAUUGUCUAUAUAUAUCUACUCCUAAAAGUCAAAUUUAUAUAGUAGGGUGGGGUAAGACAGGACACCUUUAGCACAUAUUUUCCGGGUUGUGAUUUAAACAAUUAACAACGGCCUUUGAAAGUCGUUCCUACCGAGUGGCACGAAAAAAAUAAAAUGGAAAGUUGUCCCAUCUUCCCCUAAUGUUUUAAUUUUUUGCAAUUGUAUCUUGAUAAAAAUUUAGCGCUUUAAAGCUGGUUUGGUUUUCGGAAAUAUGAAUUAUUAAUUUAACCAUGCCGACCGCACUGUGGGUGUCAGAUUCGUAAACCUUAUGCAUAUUUAUGAUGUGAAUAUCUUGUACUGCUACUUUGGUAAAAACAGAACAACGUUUUAAAUUAAGUAAUGGCGUUAUGACGCACAAAGACGCUUGCCUUAGGACUAAUUUUGGGUUUAGGACGUACUAAGCUGUUUUAUGUACGACAUUUCAAGAUUAAAUGUCAGCAAGAAAUGUCAUAGCAAUUAUAUAUUUUCAAAAAUUUGAUAAAACUUUUUCAAGCUGUAAUUAUUAUUAAAUGUCACGUGUUACUUGAGAAUUUAGACUGUAAGUAUUAGACUACAUUACAAUAUGGAUCUUAGCAUUUAGGAACUCAUAACCAUCUUUAUAUAAAUAGGCUACGGUUUAGCGGUUGUCGUUGCUAUAAUGUAUACAUUGGCGUUUAUAUAUGCAUUUGAACUUAUUUUUUAUUGCACAAUGUCAAUUAAAGUUUAAAAAAUGUGUCACUAA